UCCUAUCAAUCUAGUUAAAUGUCUCUAUGGGCAAAUCCAAGCAUGACGAGGACCUGCUUCCGUUAACACCAACGAUGUUUACUGGCCAUGAGAAGAAGAUAAUAGGGUGGAGAUUCUCGUAAAGAAAUCGUUAAAGAGCGCUCGUGGAUGCAUUUCUACAACAUCUUGAGUUCAGGUAAGAUGUAUUAUAAUAAUCUUGUUUGUUUUUCAUCGCGUGACAGAAUCUCCUUGUUCAAUUUUUCUCUUCCACAAUCCAUUCCCAGCUUUCUGGUUUUGGAUACGAGGAUAUAUUCAGUCAAAUCGUCGAGCCUAAGCGCCUCUCCAACACAGUUUCCUUCUUCAUCCUUCAGUCACAGAAAUGAAUAUAGUUAUAGUGCGCGGAAUUCGACAUCUCUUAAUCUCCUGCUUGUUCAAUUAUCCCACGAAGCAACACCCUCCAGCGUUUCUCGUGCACGGGCUAUCCUCCAGAAGAUUCAAAACGAGGGCAAAUUGGACCUCCUGGACAGCAAUUCAUUAGGACACUUAGCCAUUGCUGCCGCUAAAUCGGGUUCACCUCGCUAUGGGGAGAGCAUUAUUCGGUUAAUGCUGGAGUUGGGUUUUUCUCCUCAUGUCAAGGUGUGGAGCGCAGUCGUAACCCAUUUGGGCAAGUCCUCACAACAUUCCCAUCUUGCGUUUCAGUUGUUUCAUGAUAUGUGCAACAGUGUAAAAGGAGUGGGGAAAAGAAACCAAAUGAGGCCUGAUACAGGGGCUUUUAAUGCCAUUCUCAAUAUUUGUGCAGCGAAUGGCAACAUGGCCAGAGCAGAGGAUUUGAUAAAGGAAAUGGGUCUUUUCGGGGUGAGGCCCGAUGUUCUUACUUAUAACAUCAUGAUUAAGCUCUACGCCAGAGUUAGGAGAGAGGAUCUGAUUGCGGGUGUUAUAGAGAAAAUGUUGGGAGAUAAUAUAGAGCCGUGCAUUUCUACAUUCUGUUCUCUUGUGGCAGCAUAUGUGGGGUUUGGGGAUUUGGAGAAGGCUGAAAUGCUAGUUCAGGCUAUGAGAGAGGACAAGAGAGACAUAUGUAGUAUUUUGAGGCAAAGUAAUCAGGCUACACUGCAGAGGAAUCUCUUACUGCCCAGAAGUUACAGACCUGAUCAUCGGAUAUACACUAUUCUCAUGAAGGGUUAUCUACACAAGGGGAGAUUGAGGGAUGUUAUAAAGAUGCUAAGGGCAAUGCAGGAUGAGGAUGACCCCAACAGCCACCCUAAUGAAGUUACUUACACAACUGCGAUUUCUGCAUUUGUUAAGAUGGGUUCAAUGGAUGAAGCCCAUGCAGUACUUAGAGAAAUGGCUACGACCAAAAUGCCUGCCAAUGUGAUUACUUAUAAUAGUCUGUUGAACGGCUAUUGCAGGUCACAGAAACUGCACAAAGCAAAAGUUUUAAUGCAGGAGAUGAAAGAUGCAGGGAUUGUUCCUGAUGUUGUGUCUUAUAAUACACUAAUAAAUGGGUUCAUUUGCAUCAAUGACAAUAUGGGCGCUCUUGCUUGUUUUGAUGAAAUGAGGAACGCUGGGAUUGAUCCUUCAAAAAUUACUUAUACUACUUUGAUGAAGGCGUUUGGAAUAAAUGGACAGCCAGUGAUUGCAGCGAAAAUAUUUGAGGAAAUGCAGAAGGACCUGAAAAUCAAAAUAGAUAUCGUUGCCUGGAAUAUGUUGAUAGAAAGUUAUAGUAAGGCAGGGAUGAUGGAACAUGCCAAGAAGGUUUUCCAACAAAUGAAAGAGAAGGGAUUUCAUCCAACUGUGGCUACGUAUGGAAGUCUUGUAAAUGGGUUUGUCAGAGCUCAAAAACCUGUUGAGGCAUUAGCCCUCUGGCCAGAGAUUAAGGAGAGGACAAGAGAAAAAUGUGUUGGAGGAGGAACAGAGUCAUUUGUGCCUGAUUUGGGUAUACUUGAUUCACUUGUAGAAAUUUGUGUAAGAGCAGCAUUUUUUAAGAGAGCUUUGGAAAUAUUGGCUUACAUGGACGAGCUGAAAAUUCCAGUUAGUAAAAGAAAAUAUAAAAGCUUGUUUAUGAAGCUCCACUCCAACAUUUACACCAGUAAGCAUGCAUCUAGGGCUCGACAAGAACGACGGGCUGCAAAAAGGGAAGCAGCAGAAGCUUUUAAAUUUUGGGCUGGUCUUCGAAAUGAUUACCAUACAAGCUGAUUUGCAGGUUGAGUCACAUAUUCAAUUGGAACAAUGUCUCCAAUUGCUUGUGGAAUGAAUGCCAUCCAAUAAUACAUGUAAUGCACAGAAGAGGGAGAAAAAAAGAAGAAGAAGUUUAUUCUAUUUAAACCACUUCAUCUUGCUGCACAUGAAAUUUGUAGAAAUGAGAAGUCGAGAAGUUGGAUAUUUGUAUUUUCUGAUAUGCAGGGCCAUCCCUGCUUAACCCAAAUCUCUUUAUCAGCCUUCAAUUCUCAUGGUGUCUAGUACUAAGUCUUGAUGAAUUUCCAUGGUACCUAGCAUCCAGUAGUGAUGAAAGAUAGGCUUUGUCUUAUAAGGGACCCAAUCCAACAGACAUGCCUUGAACUUUUUGUUAUGGAACACUUACUCUCGUAAAGGAAGAGUUCUUAGGUUCUACAGUCAUUUCUUCACACAAUUUGGUUCAUGGAACAGUAACAGUUUACCUUAAGUGUCCAUGCUCAUGUUCUGGUUCCAGCGAUGUAUUUAAAUAUUCUAUCACACUCAUGUGUUAUAGGUUUCAGGAGAAUCUAAGCAAUAUUUGAUUCAA